GUAAUGUUAAUCCAUGAAUAUCAUUAGUAACCUUGGCGAUCAUUAUACAUAAUAAUGAUCAUGGAGAAGUCAAGAGUGGCAUAUAGUACAUGUAGAUCUACCAUUUCUUUAGCAUGUCUGAUCACACUGGGGGCAUUGUCAACUUCCCUAGUAAAAGGGCAAACCUUAAGUGGUUUUCCUGAUGUAACUAUGACAUCAGUUUUAACUACCUCUAGUAGCGCCGAAGUAGUCAUAACUCCCACACCCUCGUCCACCCCAUCACCAACUCCAGCACCACAACCAUUCUAUGAUCAAUGUGACGGGUCCUAUGUACGUAAUAGUACUCUAUCAUUAGAGAUCUUGUUUGAAGUUCAAGUUGGUUUGGGCUCAAUGGACAUUAACAGGGAUUAUUUGGAUACGUUCCUUAUGGAGCUAGCUGAUGGCCUUGACAACUAUUGUAUAGCUGACAGCUGUAUUGCGACAAAUAUCACGUUACUCUCUACAACAAUGGAUGAUGGCCUCACCAACGUAUACACAUGCUCCAAUGGCAGCACUAUUACCCUUGUCCUGGUCUAUGUGUUGAAUGGCUCUACAGUCACUGCCGACUCAGCAAUAGUAGCUAUUAACGUCCUGCUUAUGCAAGGAAACUUUUCAAUGUACUCUGUAAUAGCACAGAAACCAAAACAGGAGGCGUCAACAGCCACCCCCACAUCUAGUACAGGGAUUCCUGUAGACACUGGCUUGACAACAGACCAGAUUGUUGGGAUUGUCUUGGGUGUGACUGUUACUCUUGUUCUGGUUGGAGUGCUGAGUACUGUUCUGGUCAUUUUCAGUGUAUUAUCCAAUAAAGCUGCCAAGGUGGGAGUGGACACCAUCACUGUAUCGAAGGUUUCCCCAAGGGCGGCUCAAGUAGCGUCACCCGUUCGGCAUGGUCAAGAGACUCUAAAGGACAAACUAGCUGUCGCAGACUGAUUAUAAUUAUACGGCCUCUUUUGAGUUCACUUUAAAAUUAUUAUUUAAUCAGCUAUCGUAAUGUUUCAGGUUUUUUUAAUUAUAAUUAUGCUCUCAAUUUGUGUAUACUAAAAUAAAUAAUGAUGCA